AUGAGAUGCUCCCGCUCGGAAAGUAUUUCGUCCAACUUCGAUCAUCUCUCGAGAUCUUCUCUGCUGGAUCAUGAACAUGGACUUGGCCCAUCUGGUCUAGAUCGCAUACGUCAGCAACCAUCAUCGCGGGUUUUCACCCUUCCCAACAUCUCCGUCUCAUCGCUCGGCCCGGUAGCAUCGCGCAGCCAUUCGCCUUCACCACGUUCCGCCUCGUCAUCCCGCGCCCAUCCCACUCGCCUGUUUGCCAGCGACGACAUUGAGACCUUGGAGGACCUCCAUCGUUUCCCGUGCGAGUCCCUGCAUUCGUUCUCAUUCGCACAGAAAUCGGAGGAGUUGCUUCACAAUCGGCAUAACAUCCUGAAGAGGUCCAUCGAUUUCAUGCGCGAUCGUUUUGGCUGGGCUUCUGGCACUAGCCCUGCAUUGGCUGCUGCUCAAGCACGCGCUGACGGGGACUCGGAUACCCAGAGCGUGGUCGAUAUCUCAACAAGAACGAAUGUGUUGGCUAAGGAGGACCGAUACCACUACGCAGGUCUGACGCGGGGUCCACAGACGGGCCCUGCUAAUGUGGACGGUAACAAUAUCUUUGAGAGAGCGUUUACAGAACCCCAACUUGCGGCCGGCAGAUUUGGAGAGGUGCCGUUGGAAUAUGGCUCGAUGGGGGCUCAGUCGCGCUACUCAGGGCAAGGGACGGACGACUCGAGAUCACAGCAGCAGGAAAUGAGAUCGCACCCUUCAUCUAGGCGCGUAAGCAUUAAAAAAGGUACUAACACCGAAGUUGGUUCUACCGCUAUCCGGGGCAAGCUGAUGAAGAUUCUAGCACCCUACACAACCACCGACCCUUUGUCUCCCACCAGCUCUUCCACGUUUGGGUACGGGUUCCCCGUGCCUGUGCUACAUACCCAUAGCAGCAAGUGGACUCCAGCAUCGCAGGCUGUGUUCCGGACCGAAUCGCAGGAGCCGUGGACUAUCUUGGCGGCGAAUGAUAUCUCGUGCCUCAUAUUUGGUGUUACCCAAGCGGAGCUCCGCAAACUAAGCAUAUUGGAGGUCGUACAAGAAGACCGGCGGGACUGGAUCGAAAACAAAUUACGAGACCCCAACACUGACGCCGCCUCAAAGCUCAAAUCUUCGCCGGAACGGACGCGGUUGAAGCCCGCGAAUACCAAAACAAUGGGCAUGGGCAACGGAGUAACAGCGCAAUUGCUGAGUAAACCACCUUCUCGAGCAAGGCCGCCCCGACGAGCACAAACCGAUGAUGGAUACGGCUCCAGCACCAGACAAUUGAACCAUCCUCCAACGAAAUCUCGCGGAGUGCUCCUUUGUGGCGAUGUUGUGCCUAUCAAGAAGCGCAACGGUAAAACAGGAUCUGCUAGCAUUUGGGUGAUGGAGAAACGUGGGGGCUUGAUCUGGGUUAUCGAGGAGAUUCAAGAGGAUGUCGUGACAGUCACAUGCAACGAGUCUUGGGACAUUGUGAAGGUCGAUGGUGAUGUGGACAGGAUCUGGGGUCACAGUGCGGUGAAGCCUGGUGAACGGAUCACAGAAUUGCUGCCCCGCCUUCCUGCAGACUGUCUCGCUGGUUCCAUGCGUACCGGUCUCGCGAAAGUGGCCGAAACCAAAUACUUUGCUUCCCGCACGUCUGCCGGCAUAUGCAUUCCCACAAUUGUUACCAAGGGAGACGGGAACAGGUCGCUCCGAAUCUCGAGCUUUCCUCAUGUUGCUGGCAUGAUGGUCUUAUCCUCGUCGACUUUGAAGAUCAUCAGCUCUAACUCUGUGUUCUCUGCCGCUCUUUUUGGUCAUGAGCGACCUGAAGGUUUGCAUAUUAAUGACUUGAUCCCUGGGUUUGAUGACUUGUUAAGUGUGCUUGUCGAGGAGGAAAGAGCUCCUCUUGUAGACGGCAUAGUGAUUCCAGAACCCAGUUUUCGAAGAGCACGAACCUUGUCUAUACUUCGAGAGGGUGGAAAAGCUCACGUGGUUUCGGUCCUCCUGGAACCUUCGGGGCUUGCUGCUACCCAUCGCGAUGGGUCGUCUAUAGCGGUCGAUGUCCAAAUGCGCGUGGCCAAGAGCGGUACCAUCUUCACCAAGCCGCGAAAAGAAUCUAUUGAGGAGGUCAAUGAAACGGAAUCCGAAUCCGACGCUCCAAUUGCGGUCACCGAACUCGUGUAUGCUUUGUGGGUGACUUAUUCGCGGCAUAUCCACUCGGCAGCCCCGAGGUCUAAUAUCCCUUCCCCCCUCGAAUCGGUGCCAUCGGGGGCUGAGAGCCCCUCGGCAGUCCUUUUGUCGGAGACGCCCACACCGAUUUCUAGCCCGCAUCCUUAUAUAAAUGAACAGACGUCGGUUGAGAGUCAAAUACCCACGUCCACUCUAAGUCAGCAGCUGAGCGAAGCUGCUUCUCAACCAUUGACAGAUAAACCUGUGCAGCCGGUACCUGAAGUGAGACCGGCGAGCGCGAAGGAAACGCCUAAAAAGCGAACCAUUGCUGAUUAUACUAUACUGGAAGAGAUGGGCCAGGGAGCUUAUGGGGAGGUUAAACUCGCCCGCCUAAAGAAGAUUCCUACGAAGAAGGUUGUGCUGAAGUAUGUCACCAAGAAACGGAUUCUGGUCGAUACGUGGACUCGGGAUCGUCGACUAGGAACCGUGCCGUUGGAGAUUCAUGUUUUGGACUUUCUCCGGCGAGACGGCUUAAAGCACCCCAAUAUUGUGGAAAUGGAAGGAUUCUUUGAGGACGACAUCAAUUAUUAUAUUGAGAUGACACCGCAUGGGCUGCCAGGCAUGGAUCUAUUUGACUACAUCGAAUUGAAGGUCAAUAUGGACGAGUCAGAGUGCCAGAACAUUUUUCGCCAAGUUGUCUCUGCCAUUCAUCAUCUGCACACCAAGGCACUCGUGGUUCACCGUGACAUCAAAGACGAGAAUGUCAUCUUGGACGGCGAGGGACGAAUCAAGCUGAUUGACUUUGGAAGUGCUGCUUACAUCAAGAACGGGCCGUUCGAUGUAUUCGUAGGCACAAUUGAUUACGCAGCGCCCGAAGUCCUUCAGGGCAAAUCUUAUCGUGGCAAAGAGCAAGACAUCUGGGCCCUCGGCAUCCUUCUGUAUACCAUUGUGUACAAGGAGAAUCCUUUCUACAAUGUCGACGAGAUCCUUGACCACCCUCUUCGGGUUCCAUUCUUACCCUUUUCUGAAGACUGUAUCGACCUGAUUCGGAGAAUGCUCGACCGGGAUGUGGACAACCGGAUGACUGUCAGCGAGGUCUUAGAGCACCCAUGGAUGGUCGAAAAUUAA